AUGACUGAGGUCGCAGCGCCCCAGCCUGAGCUGGACGCGGCCGCCAAGACGGCCGAUGCGCCUCCUUCACCCAGCGAGAGCCCCGAGGCGGCGCGCUCGCGCCGGAUCGACGAGUUCGUCGCCCGCGUGGAGGAGGGGCUCGCGGCGGUCGCGAACAACCUCCGCUCGCGGCUCGAGGACAACCACGCCACGAUGACGCAGAUCUUCCGCAAGUAUGACACGGACCGUUCCGGGACCAUCAGCCAGGCCGAGCUCGGGCCGCUCCUGCAGGACCUCCUCGGCUGGGACGAGGCCGACCCGGAGGACAUGGACUUGCUGAAGGACUUCCUCGCCAUGAACGACAUGGACCGCGACGGCCAGAUUGACUACCAGGAGUUUCUGAAGUUCAUGUUGUCGGGGGAGCAAUCGUCGUGGGCCGCGGGGGUGAAGGAGUGCUUCGAGAAGAUGGACACGGACGGCAACGGCUACGUCGACGAGGCCGAGAUGAGCGCCGCGCUCAAGGACCAGGGCCUGACGUCAAAGGAGAUCAAGGCGUGCAUGAAGAGCCUGGACAAGAACAAGGAUGGCAAGCUGUCGUACCGCGAGUUCAAGCACGCCGCGCAGCUGGGCAACAUGGGCCCGCAGGGCGCCAUGGUGCUCCUGAUCCGCGAGGCCAUGACCGCCACGGCCCCGCUGGGCGCGUCCGGGGUCGGGAAGCCUGCGCCCGACCGCGCGUGGUCGCGCCUGGCCUUCGACAAGCAGGCCAUGGUCAACGCGGUCUUCAAGAAGUUCGACAAGGACGGGUCCGGCACGAUCGACGCGUCGGAGGUGUCGCGCAUGCUCCGCGUGAUGGGCCUGAACGCGUCCUCCGGCGACGCGCUCAACUACCUGCGCGAGUGCGACCUGUCGCACACGGGGCAGCUCCGGCUGAAGGACUUCGCGCUGCUGCUGCAGCUCGCCGAGUCCCGGCGCGACGUCAAGAAGGAGCAGCAGAUGGUCGAGACGGCGCUCAAGGCCUUUGACGUCAACGGCGACGGAAAGAUCGAGCAGUGGGAGCUCAAGGAGGUGCUCAUGCGCAAGGUCUCGGACGACGCGCUGACGGAGCGCGAGGCGGACAAGAUCAUCCAAAAGUUCAAGCCGGACUUGUCCGGGAAGAUAGACCUGCAUGACCUGGCCAUGUUUCUGCUCGGGAGGUAG